CAAUAUGGCGGCAGAUGUUAUGGUUUUUGGACAUGAUUAGCACAAAUGCGGACAACUGAGUCACUCGAUUGUUAAUUAACACGUGAGCAAUGGAGAACGACGAUAUCAAGGAGGGUUUCAUUUGCCCAAUAUGUAUGAAGGAUUUGGGAAAUGCUUCGGUUUUGCAAAGACAUUUCGAGGAGAGUCAUUCCGAUGACAAGGACACACUUCGCCGAAUGCGAGAGGCGUUUGGCAAAGCGAAGAGAAAAAUUAUAAACAAAAUAGAGAGUUCUGAACCAGACGGGGCAACUGUAGAUUCUGUAGAUGGUGUUGUUGAAAAUCCUGUAAGCAGAGGAGUCGAUCCGUUUCUCUGGGACCAGCAAGAUUUCGGAGUCUCAAGAAGCAUAUUUAGAGAAUUUAGGGAAAGACGAGAUGCAGAGAUUGACAGAUUUGUUGUUGAAACUAAUAAAAUACUUAUCAGACUGGAGAAGCUUUUAAGGUCAGGAGUUACUGUUAAAGAUUCACCUGCAUUACCCACAAGACCAGGAAGAAAAUCUUUAGAGAGAAGUCUGGUGCCAUGGAUUGCUGACAGUGAAGUGAAGUUUUGCCCUCUUUGCAAGAGGCAGUUUAAUGUGGCUCGACGUAGGCAUCACUGUAGGCUGUGUGGGGGAAUAAUGUGUGCAAAGUGCUCAGUGUUUGUGUCUGUUUCUUUUUCUGUUUCUGUGUUAAAACUGGAUCAGACAGGCUCAAGCCUUCCCAGGAGAUUAAAGGGGCACUCCAAAGAUGAUUCUGAUGAAGCUGGUAUUCGUGCAUGUCAAGCCUGUAUGGAUUGUUUGGAGAGAUAUGAUCGACAAGAAAAGGAAAAGAAAACAAAGCCCCCUGUUGUUCAAUUGUAUGAGAAAAUGAAGAGCUCUAUGGCAGAGGCAGAAUUGUUACAACCCACGUACACCAAAAUGGCUGAUUCAAUUAAUUUAGGUGAUAUUCAGUAUGAUUUACAAGAAGCUGCUGAAGUGCGUGCAAGAUUAGUGAGGAUGUAUGAAUCAGUGGACAUCAUUAGUAAAAAGAUUGCAGCUCUUGGAACUCAAGCUGAGAAACCACCAAGUCAUCAGACAAUGAAACUCCAAAAAGGCAUAAGAACUUUUGCUACAGGAUACUUACAGGAAAACAUGUUCACACUUCCUAAUCUGCCUUCAGUGGACAAAAUUACUAAACUUCAAGAAGAAAGGGCAAAUGCUUUGGCUAGAAAAGCAGCAGAAGAGAAAGAAAAAAGAGAACGAGCCAUGCAAGAAAGAUUACGAGCAGCAAAAGUACGACAACAAGGACAUGGAGACCUCAAUAGAAAUGAGCCUUCAAGCAAACUUAAGACUGCCCAGCAAACUCCAGAGUCUGUUAUGGGAAAUGGUUGGGGCCCAGUCCCCAUCACUCAAGGCUCUUCUCCAGACCCCAUGCUGCAGCAGAUAGAUAUUAUAAAAAGUUACAUUGUUCAAGCAAAACAACAGCGGAAAUUUGAUGAAGUUGAAAUGCUUGAAAGAAACCUUAUGGAACUAGAGGAGGAGUACAUUCGGCAGUAUCAAGGAAGAUAGCAAAUUAUUAGCUUCCUUUGGAAAUAUUUUAAAAGGGGAUAAUUUUGUAUAUGGGUAACAAAUAUUUUCAAAGAAGUUAAUAACUGAAUUUAAUGCAUCUUUCAUUUUCGUUUAGUUUUUAAUUGUUGUUGUUUUUGUAUUUUUAUAGAAAAGUAAUCUUGUCAAAUUAGUUAAAAUUGUUGAAGAUAACCAGAGUUUUUUUUUGCAGCUAUGUACUGAAAAGCUGUGAUAAUAUUUUCAAAUUAGCAUAAAAUCAUGUGAAUACCCUGAAUAUAAUGAUAUCCAAGAGCACAUGUUGUGUUUUGGUGCAAUUAAAAUGGUGUGAAAAACACAAAUAGCCUCACUGUGUUGGCAUCAAAUAUUGCCAUAUUUGUGACAGUGUUAGACGAUACUCCAUAAUUAAAUGGAUAGGAGUAGUCUGUAUAGAUGUCUUGUAAAAACCUACCAAUGCCAAACAAUUAAAAAGAAGAUACUUUUUUUUGGAAA